ACCUUUGCCACAGACCACAAACAUUAUUAUAACCAUAACCUCUUCGCAAAAUUUCGAGAAUGGUUAGAAAAAAAUCAUAAAUAAAUGGUAUUUAAUCUUAUUUAAUGAAUACAUACUGAAUACUUACUCUGCUGAAUAGUAAUUAUAAGAUUAAUUAUUUUAUGGUAAUUAUGUCCAGAAUAUCAACAGAUAUCUUAGACUUUGAUGGGGAUGUAAAUUUUGAAGAUCAAAAUGAUUUUGCAAAAAAAUACGACACAUGGAGGAAGAAAGAAGAACUAAAUAAACUUAAAAGCAAAUAUGGUGAAGAUGCCCUUGAUAUUAGUGAUUCUAGUUCAUCUGAUGAUGACGAGGAAGGACUUGAAUUAACUGAAGAAGUAGAAAAAGAUUUUUUUAAAACUCUGUCCUGCUUAAAAAAGAAAGACCCUAAGCUCUAUGAUAAUAAUAUUAAUUUCUUUAAAUCAAGGGGAGAGAAUAGUAAAAAAGUUAAACAAAAGAAGGAUGAUCCUAUGUAUCUCAAAGAUUAUGAAAGAAAGAUUAUAUUAGAGAAUGAUGGUGUUCUCUCUGACGAAGGUGAAGUGGAAAAGCCACAGUCUCCUACUUAUGUCCAAGAACAAAAUCAGUUGAAACAGGAUUUAAAAAAUGCUCUUUCAAAUAUAAACGAUGAUGAUGAUAUUGAAUGUCUUUCCAAAAAGGCAGUAAAAGAAGUUCUUCGACAUAAUGAUAUAGAUAACAUAGAAUAUAAGAAAUGGUUAGCUGGACAGACAGAUGAAAUAAACGAUGAUGAAAUAAAAUCAGAUUUGAAGCCCUUAAAAGAUUUUUGGAACGAUCCAAAGUUGGAUGAUGGUGAAAAAUUUUUGAGGGAUUAUAUUUUGAAUAAAAAAUAUUUAGAUAAAGAAGAAAAGGAUUAUAUUCCAUCUUAUGAAGAAAUUGUUCACGAUUCAGAUGAGAGCUUGUCAGGAGAUGAGAAAGCAAUAGAGGAACAAGAUGAGUUUGAAUACAAAUAUAAUUUUAGAUAUGAAGAGCCAGAUCAAGAAUUUAUUAAAAGAUAUCCAAGAACAAUAGAGAAAUCUUUAAGAAAAACAGAUGACAGAAGGAAACUGAAACGAGCAGAGACAAAGGAGAGAAAACAGAAAGAAAAAGAGGAGAAAAUGGUCGAAAUACAGAAGCUGAAAGAAAUAAAAAGAAAAGAGAUUGAAGAAAAAAUUGAAAAGUUAAAAGAGAUAACUGGAAAUUUAGAAGUAGGCUUCAAGAAUGAUGAUAUUGAAGAUGAUUUUGAUCCAGAAACUUAUGACAACAGAAUGCAAGCUCUUUUUAAUGAUGAAUUUUAUGGAGGAUCAGAAGAAGAUCAAAAACCAGAGUUUCCUGAUAUUGAUGAGGAAUUGGAAAUAGAAAACUGGGAUCACUGGACUGGUGAAGAGCCAACUGCAGAUGUAAAUGAACUCCAUUGUGAAGAUGAUGACUUUAAUAUGGAUGCUGACUAUGAUCCCUCAACAUCCAUUACACAAGAGAACUCAAAGAGCCGAAAAAAACGGAAACGAAAGUCAAAAGUUGCUGAAGCUCUAAGCAAAGAGAAACCGAAAUAUGAUCCUAAUGAUAAAAACUAUGAGAAAUAUUUUGAAGAAUAUUAUAAUCUUGAUUGUGAAGAUAUAAUUGGUGAUAUUCCAUGUAGAUUUAAAUACAGAGAAGUGCUACCAAAUGAUUUUGGUCUAUCCAUAGAAGAGAUAUUGUUGGCAAAGGACAGAGAAUUAAAUAAAUGGUGCUCUCUGAAAAAAGCUAUACAACAUAGGCCUGCUCAUGUUGAAAAAUAUGAUCAAAUCGCCUAUUCUAAAAAAUCUAAUAAUAUUUCUCUCAAAAAGAAAAUUUUGCCAAGUUUGUACACAGAGGAAAAUGAAGAAACUAAUAUAGACAAUACACCAAGUCAGAAAAAUGAUCAGGAAACCACUGAAAAUAAAGUUGAAUUAAAACAUAUACAAGACAACACUAUUGAAUCCAAGGAAAAAAAUAAAAUAGGGAAGAAACAUAAAAAGAAGUCUAUUAAUAUCAAUAAUGCUGUGAAACCCCAAAAUGAGGACCAAUCACAGAAUUCUAUAGGUAAAAAUAAGAAAAGAAAACAUAAUUAUGAAGGUAGUAAUGCAGCAAAGAAAUUUAAAAAGAAUAAGGAAGUAUCUACUGAUAUAUCUGAUGUUAGGCUGUCAGCCUAUGGAAUCAAUCCAAAGAAGUUUAAGAAUAAGCUAAAAUAUAAAGAUUCAAAUAAAACAAAAAUAUCUAGUAAAAAAUAAAGUCAGUAUAACUUUUAACAUAUAAAGAUACAAAUAGGUGCAUUUGUAAUUAUUUAUAAAAUAAAACAACCAAAACCCUUU